AGUCUUUACACGCCAAACAAAAACAAAGAGAAAAGAACCAAGGAAAUAAAACUUUUGAAAAUUAAGAAUAAAUGGAAGAACAUCUAAAUCCAUUAGCUGUGACUCAUCUUCUUCAACACACACUAAGAAGCCUAUGUAUUCACGAGAAUUCACAAUGGGUUUAUGCAGUUUUUUGGCGGAUCUUGCCCAGAAACUAUCCUCCUCCCAAAUGGGAUGGUCAAGGAGCUUAUGAUAGAUCAAGAGGGAACAGGAGAAACUGGAUCUUGGUUUGGGAAGAUGGGUUUUGCAACUUUGCAGCUUCUACUGGGGAAGUGAGCUCCGGCGAGUGUAGCGGAAGCGGUUCGACGGCUUACGGACAUAGUGAUUAUCAACAAUAUCAAGGGCUUCAGCCUGAGUUGUUUUUCAAGAUGUCCCAUGAAAUCUACAAUUAUGGAGAAGGGUUGAUAGGAAAAGUGGCUGCAGAUCACAGUCACAAGUGGAUCUAUAAAGAACCUAAUGACCAAGAGAUUAACUUCUUAUCUGCGUGGCAAAAUUCUGCUGACUCAUACCCUCGGACAUGGGAAGCUCAGUUUCAAUCUGGCAUCAAGACCAUUGCCUUGAUUUCUGUUCGAGAAGGUGUUGUCCAAUUAGGAGCUGUUCACAAGGUGAUAGAAGAUUUAAGCUAUGUUGUGAUGCUAAGGAAAAAACUGAGCUAUAUAGAAAGCAUCCCUGGAGUACUUCUUCCUCAUCCUUCUUCUUCUGGUUACCCUUUUAUCAACGCUUCUCCUUCUGACACUUGGCAUUUCCCCGGAGUAGCUCCUCCUCCUCCGUCGCAGCCUGAGUACCACCAACAGCGUAUCUACCACUCUGACCAUCACCACCACUUCUUGAUGGGCCACCACCAACAACCGAUGAAAAUAACGCCGUCGAUGAGUAGCCUCGAGGCUCUUCUCUCGAAGCUUCCGUCGGUUGUACCUUCAGUGACGCAAGCGGGGUACUUCCCGUUUCACCACAGUGCUAAGGAAGAAAUGAGUCAAGAAGAUCAAAACGGCGCGUUUAGGGUUCAACGUAAUGAUUUGGUUGGUGAGGGUAGUAAUGAUAAUGACAACAUUAAUUACAAUAGUAAUAAUGAUAAUUAUAAUUAUAACAAUAAUUGCAGCAAUAAUAAUUACGACAGGGAAUAAGAUCGGUGUGUUCUUAGCGAGGAUUAUUGAGUCUAAUAAAAUCUCGAUUGUUUUCGUACUAUAAGUAAUAAAUAAAUGAGAAUAAAUUGUACUAAGAA